CCUUCAAAGAGCUCUCAAAUUAGAGGGAUUUGUUGUAAUUUUUCCUCCGUUUUAUUUCUCUUCGAAAAGUGAAAACUUAUUUUUCCAUAAAAUUAAAGAAAAUAUCCUGCAUUUUCAGGAAUUUUGUUUUCUUCUUCUCCGUUUUUUUUUUUUUGGUAAAUUUUAAAUCUUAAUUUCCAUGGCUCCUCUGGUCCAGAGAUCUGGAGAUGCAGUUUUUGCCAAUGUCGAGAGAGUGAAUGCAGAGCUUUUCACUCUUACAUAUGGAGCAAUUGUGCGCCAGCUGCUCACUGAUCUGGAAGAGGUUGAAGAAGUCAACAAGCAGCUCGAUCAAAUGGGCUAUAACAUUGGAAUACGACUGAUUGAUGAAUUUCUAGCCAAGUCAAAUGUUUCUAGGUGUGUUGAAUUCAAGGAGACGGCAGAAGUGAUUGCAAAGGUAGGUUUCAAAAUGUUUUUAGGGGUCACCGCAUCUGUUGCAAAUUGGGAUGCUGAUGGGGCAAGUUGCAGUCUAAUUUUGGAGGAUAACCCCUUGGUAGACUUUGUUGAGCUUCCUGAUACUUGCCAAGGUCUGUACUAUUGCAACAUCUUAAGUGGAGUUAUUCGAGGGGCACUGGAGGUGGUUUCUAUGAAAACGGAAGUCAACUGGGUACGUGAUAUGCUACGUGGAGAUGAUGCCUAUGAGCUAAGAGUAAAGCUUUUGAAGCAAGUUCCAGAGGAGUACCCAUACAAAGAUGACGAAUAGAAGUACUGCAGCUCUAGUAAUUUUAUUUUAAAAUUGCAGCUCUAGUAAGUGAUGGGUUCAUCACUGCAGAGUUCACAUUUUGGCAUAUUUCCUUGUUAAACUUUCCAAGUGAUGUACUUGUUUAACAGAAAAUAGAUUUUGUUCAUCAACUUGGAGUGGCAGAAAAUCUCCUUACAUCA